AGAAAAGCGAGGGAGUAACCCUAAGGUUUUUCUUUUAUAAUAUCAAAGGAGAAAGGAAAGAGAGAUGGGUAGAGGAAAGAUUGUGAUCCGAAGGAUUGACAAUUCAACAAGCAGGCAAGUGACUUUCUCAAAGAGAAGGAAUGGAUUGUUGAAGAAGGCUAGGGAGUUAUCGAUCCUUUGCGACGCUGAAGUCGGAUUGAUUAUCUUUUCCAGCACCAGCAAGCUCUAUGAUUAUGCCAGCACUAGCAUGAAAUCUGUUAUUGAACGCUACAACAAGCUAAAAGAAGAACAUCAUCAAUUGAUGAAUCCUGCUUCAGAAGUCAAGUUUUGGCAGAGGGAGGCAGCAAGCUUGAGGCAACAACUACAAUACUUGCAAGACUACCACAGGAAAUUGAUGGGAGAAGAACUAUCCGGUUUAAGUGUCAAAGAUCUACAGAACCUGGAAAACCAACUUGAAAUGAGUUUGAAAGGUGUCCGCAUGAAAAAGGACCAAAUUCUAACAGACGAAAUCAAAGAGCUAAACCACAAGGGACACCUCAUUCAUCAGGAGAAUCUAGAACUGUAUAAGAAGGUAGACCUCAUCCGCCAAGAAAAUACUGAACUUCAAAAGAAGGUUUAUGAAACAAGGGAAGCAAAUGAAGCUAGCAGAAGCUCACACCCAAAUUAUACUUUGAACAGUGGAUAUGAUUUGCACGCACCUGUUUGUCUCCAGUUAAGCCAGCCCCAACCUCCUAAGAAUGAUACACCAACAAAAUCAAUGAAGUUGGGAUUACAGCUGCAUUAGCAAACUGGACUGACAACUGUGGAUGGACAUCAUCAGUACCCUAUCAACAACUAGCCCACAGUUAAAAACUAAACCUUCUAUCAGUGAGAUUUCAUAUUCCACUUACUAGAUAGUAUAUUAAGCAUGAAGAAAAGAAUUUCAUAUGAAAUGUUUAUCGAAACAAACUGUAGAAUUGCUGUAAAAUGAACAGAGAAACAAGUUAUCUGGUGUAAAUUUACGCAAUAAUUAGAGUGCACUAUUUGUGUCUGAUGUUACUCAGCUCCUCGUGCAAUUGUGUUCAACCAAAUAGAUAUACUAACUGCAAAUUGCAAUUGUACUACUUCUUGUGUUAUGCAAUAAAAAAUUCUCAGAUUGGUUUUACUUUCUUCUGAUAGCUGCCCAUCCUUGAUGAAAAGAAAAAACUUAAAAAUGAAACGAAAGGGGGGAGGGGGGGUGCAGGGGGAAUCAAAUUAACAGUUAAUUUAAUACACUAUUAGUAGGGAACUAACAGGAUAACAUGCAACAUCAUUUCACAGUAAGAAAUGAUUUGCCUGAUUCACAGUAUUAAAAAUGUGCUUUAGUAACUCAUUUAGGCAGGCCAAAAAUGUUCUAAGCACACUACCAUGCAAGGAUAGUCACCAUUUCAGUAGGAUACACCUCACGGCUCAGUACCUUCACUUUUUUCAGUUCUCUGGGUAAAGGGUAUAUAAUUUAGUCUGCAUCUGUGAUUGAAUUGACUAUAUUGGAGAAAAUCAACAACUUAAAAUCAAAUAAUUCAUACUGAUUAUUGCCAUGACAAAGGGUGAUACUAUAACAUAGGAUGUGAAAAAGAUUGUAGUCAACUGCAGGCAUUCAUGCAUACAUCAAAUAUAGAUAAGAUAACAGAAUAUAAUUAGAACCUCUUCAUAGAAUUCAGCAGCAGUAUAAACACCGUAGCGGACCUGGGAGGCCGGGAAGAAAGUUCUAACCAUACAGCAAGCGAUAUCCUAAGAAAAAUAAGAAAAAGAUCUAGAAGAAAUGUGGAUAUUCAUAAAAUUUGAAACACACUCCAUACGCAUGAUUAGAAUAGCUAAUUCCAAGCAGCCAGGUAAAGGACAGUUCUCAUGCUCGGUGCAGAGGGAGCCGCUGGUAG